AAUCAAAGCGGAGAGGCAAGAGACGCAGAUUCUGGAAGCCAUUACGCCACUGCCGCAGAAUAGAGGCCCUCUUUGGAUCCGAUCGGUAGUUGGGCGUUUCGUUGUUUACUGCAGCCAUAUCUGUGUCCUUGGCAGCUGCCUUUCAACCUACCCAGACAUCCUGCCCUCCUGUUUUGUCUCCGGACUUCACCAAGGCCGCCAGCCCCCGGUUUGUUCGGGGACUUGAACAUUCCAUGGCAAUGGCAUCCCCCCCAGCUCCGCCGGCUAAAAAGCGGAAAAUGAACUUUUCGGAGCGAGAGGUGGAGAUAAUUGUGGAGGAGCUGGAGCGGAGCAAGCACCUGCUGAUCAACCACUUCAAUGCUGGCGUCCCACUGGCUGCCAAGGCUGCUGCUUGGCACAACAUCCUACGCCGGGUUAACGCUGUCGCCACCUGCCGCCGGGAGCUGCCCGAAGUCAAGAAAAAAUGGUCUGAUCUCAAGACGGAGGUGCGGCGCAAAGUGGCACAGGUCCGGGCUGCAAUGGAAGGAGGGGGUGACGGCCAGGAUGGAGGUGUGGAGGGCCAAGAUGCUGAAGAUCCAGUAGGAGUCACAGCGGCGCCAGUUAUUCUAACUCCCAUGCAGCAGCGCAUCUGUAACUUGCUGGGGGAAGCCACCAUUAUUAGCCUGCCAGCUGGAGACUGCACUUCAGAUGGAUCAGAGAUACCCAUUACUGCCGCAGCCACAACAGUCACCCUUACUCAGAUUCCAGCUGAGACAACCUACCAUAGUUUGGAGGAUGGUGUUGUGGAGUACUGCACAACAGAAGCUCCGGCCGCAGUCACCGCCGAGGCCCCCUUAGAGAUGAUGGCUCAACAAGCAGAAGUCUCCGUGAAGCCUCAGGAACUGAAGAGCCGCAUUGCCCUGAACUCAGCCAAGCUCCUGCAGGAGCAGCGCGUGACCAAUCUCCACAUGAAAGAGAUGGCCCAGAACAUCGAGCAGCAAAAUGACCUCCUGCAGAUGAUCCGCCGCUCUCAGGAACUACAGGCAUGUGCCCAGGAGCGCCAAGCCCAGGCCAUGGAAGGGAUGCAGGCUGCGCUGAAUGCUCUUGUGCAGAUCCUUCGCCCCAUGAUUAAGGACUUCCGCCGGUUUCUACAGAGCAAUGCUCCUGCUCCUUAAGUGGCCUCCGACCCCAGCAGAGCGGCCCAAAACGCACAAGAUGGCAUCAUUCAAUGAAACGGAAUGGACAAAAUGGCAUCAGCGAAAUGGAGUGGACAAAAUGGCAUCAUCCAGUGAAAUAAAAUGGACAAGAUGGCAUCAUGCAAUGAAGUGAAGCCUUCCAGGCACAGACUCGAUCAAGAGAGUAUUUCUUUGUUUCUGCAAACUGAUUUGGUGCCUGCCUUUUUUUUUAAGCUGAAAACCUAUUCUGGAUUAUUUCUGCUCUUGCUUUUUAUUUUUGGAAAUGUGUGCACCGUUUCUCGAUGUGGCCUGCAUAGAGCAUAUGUGACAAAUGCAUCAUUUAACACUGGACUUUUCAAAAUGGGGAAAAUAGAUUUCGUAUAAAAGAAA